AUGAAGAGAAAGCGUCAGAAUGUUCCAAAUAAAAUUGAAGAAAUAAAUACUUACAGACGUUUAUGCAACAACCAUCGACAAGAAGAGCGAAGAAAACGACUCGCGAACGUAUUUGCUUCGAAUGAUAUUAUACUUGCAGAUCCAUCGGUGAUGUUCGUAGAAGAUGUUAGGGUUUUUGCCGAGGAAGAAAAUAUCGACGAUGAUACACUUGAAGAUUUAUCUGAGUAG